CUCUCACUCUCUUUUUCCGGGUUGUAGCGGCUGGUGUACCGUGUGGAGAGAGGCUCCUGUAUGUCUUUUGACUUCUCUGGUUUCUGUUCAUCACUGUGAAGACUGUACAGGCUUCUCACAGGAAGAAUCCGACAGUAUGGCGUUAAACCUGACCAUUGACAGCAACAACCCGCCUCUAGGAGCGCUUUUGACUGCAGAGCAUGUGAAGAACACUGUGCAGGUGUCUGUGGAGGAAGGAAGCGAUAACAGCCUUCACAUCUCAGAUUCAAUCCAGUUCAGCGACACUAACUCCAUCAGCCGCUACCUGGCCCGGGUUGCUCCCGGCCUCGGCCUCUAUGGAGCCAACAUGAUGGAGCAGACUGAGGUUGACCAUUGGCUGGAGUUCAGCGCUCGCCGGCUGUGCGAUCAGCCUGACUUGACGCUGGCGCUGGGCGACCUGGACAAGGCCCUGUCUUUGCGGACCUUCCUGGUCGGACACGCCCUCACCCUGGCUGAUCUGUCUGUGUGGGCCGCCCUGAAAGAUCACAGCAGUUGGCCAAGUCAGAGCAAAGGUUUCCCUCAUGUCAGCCGAUGGUUCUUCUUCCUGAACUCGCAGGUUCCCUUCUCUUCUGUGGGCAGCAAGUAUGCCAGCAAGAAAUCUGCAAAGAACAACUCCAAUUCAGGUGAGAAGAAGCAGGAUGUUGGGAAGUUUGCGGAUUUGCCUGGAGUUGAGAUGGGGAAGGUGGUAGUUCGAUUCCCUCCUGAGGCCAGCGGGUACCUGCACAUCGGACACGCCAAAGCGGCCCUGCUGAACCAGCACUACCAGGUGACGUUUAAAGGCAAGCUCAUCAUGCGCUUCGACGACACCAACCCGGAGAAGGAGAAGGAGGACUUUGAGAAGGUUAUCCUGGAAGACGUCGCCAUGCUCCAGAUCCAUCCAGACCAGUUCACCUACACCAGCGACCAUUUUCCCGUCAUCAUGCGGAUGGCGGAGAAGCUUCUCGCCGAGGGCAAAGCCUACAUCGAUGACACCCCCCCUGAGCAGAUGAAGCAGGAGAGGGAGCAGCGCAUCGAGUCCCGAUGCAGAAACAACACCGUGGAGCAGAACAUGAAGAUGUGGGCCGAGAUGAAAGCCGGGACCGAAUUCGGUCAGAGCUGCUGCAUGAGAGCCAAGAUUGACAUGAGCUCCAACAACGGCUGCUUGAGAGACCCCACCCUGUACCGCUGCAAGAACACCCCCCACCCGCGCACCGGAACGACCUACAAAGUCUACCCAACGUACGACUUUGCCUGCCCCAUUGUGGACAGUCUGGAGGGGGUCACUCAUGCUCUCAGGACAACUGAGUACCACGACCGUGACGAGCAGUUCUACUGGUUUAUUGAAGCUCUAGGCAUCAGGAAGCCCUACAUCUGGGAGUAUGCCAGGCUCAACCUCAACAACACAGUGCUGUCCAAACGGAAACUCACCUGGUUUGUCGACCAGGGAUAUGUGGACGGGUGGGACGAUCCUCGCUUCCCUACUGUCAGAGGAGUGUUGAGGAGAGGAAUGACUGUGGAAGGUCUGAAGCAGUUCAUAGCAGCCCAGGGCGGAUCGAGGUCAGUGGUGAACAUGGAGUGGGACAAGAUCUGGUCCUUCAAUAAGAAGGUUAUUGAUCCUAUAGCUCCCAGAUACACAGCUCUGUCCAGCUCCUAUGUGGUUCCGGUUUCAGUCCCAGAGGCAACAGAGGAGAUGAAGGAGGUGGCCAAGCAUCCCAAGAACGAAGAGGUCGGCGUGAAGGAAGUUUGGUACGGACCUCGCGUUCUGAUCGAAGGAGCCGACGCCGAGACUUUGAAAGAAGGAGAGACGGUCACUUUCAUCAACUGGGGCAACCUCGUCAUCACGAAGAUCAACAAAGCGUCGGACGGUAAGGUGGCGUCCAUGGAGGCUCGUCUGGACCUGGACAACAAGGACUACAAGAAGACGGCGAAGAUCACCUGGCUGGCUGAAACCAGCAGCGCCCCUGUGCUGCCCGUCGUCUGCGUCAACUACCAGCCUCUCAUCACUAAGGCCGUCCUCACCAAAGACGACGACUUCAAAAAGUACAUCAACAAAAACAGCAAGCUGGAGGAGAAGAUGCUGGGGGAUCCGUGUCUGAAGAGCCUGAAGAAAGGAGACAUCAUCCAGCUCCAGAGGCGGGGCUUCUACAUCUGCGACCAGCCGUACGAGCCAAUCAGUCCCAACAGCUGCAAGGAGAGUCCCUGUGUUCUCCUCUACAUCCCAGAUGGACACACCAAGGAGAUGCCGACGGCCGGGUCCAAAGACAAAAACAAGAGCCAGGCCUCCAGCAACACACCUGCUAAGGUGACCAAAGCUCCUUCCAGCUCUGUCUCUGCUCCGUCCCCGACUCCCGCCUCAGCAGCCGACCUUUUCUCAAGGGUCGUAGCUCAAGGUGAAGCUGUCCGCGACCUAAAGGCUGCCAAAGCCCCCAAGGAGGAAGUGGAUAAGGCCGUCCAGCAGCUCCUCUCUCUGAAGGCUCAGUUUAAACAGCAGACAGGUGUAGACUACAAGCCAGGUAUGGCUCCGCCCACCUCCGCUCCAGCCACACCCGCUGCAUCUGCCCCAACAGCGCCGGCAUCAGAGGCUACCUACUGUCCGUACACCCGUGUUACCCAGCAGGGGGAGCUGGUGAGGAAACUGAAAGCAGAGAAAGCGCCAAAGGACCAGGUUGAUGCUGCAGUGAAGCAGCUCCUGGCUCUCAAGGCGGAGUUCAAAGCGAUCACUGGUCAGGAUUACAAACUGGGGAUGGGCGCGCCCACUUCCUCCGUCACCCCCACUAUGACCUCCUCCUCUUCUUCCUCCUCUUCAUCAUCCUCCUCUUCUUCUACUGGCCUGUAUGAGCGUGUCGCACUUCAGGGGGAAGUUGUGAGGAAACUGAAGUCUGAAAAAGCCCCCAAGGACAAGAUUGAUGCAGCGGUGAAACAGCUGCUCGCCCUGAAAGAAGAGUACAAACAGGCCACAGGGCAGGACUACAAGCCAGGAGCAGGCCCCUCCCCCAGCCCCGGCCAGAAGACCGCUGCCCCGACCCAGAACAGCACCAGCUCCGCUCCCGCUGCCGCCGCUGGCCUCUAUGGGAAGGUAGCUGACCAAGGAGAGCUGGUCAGGAAGCUGAAGACCGAAAAAGCGCCUAAAGAUCAGGUGGAUGCUGCUGUGAAGCAGCUGCUGGCUCUGAAGGCAGAGUACAAGCAGCAGACCGGACAGGAGUAUAAGCCGGGCUUACAGGCCCCAGCCAGCCCGGCUCAGACUCAGGCCGGUGCUGCCUCCACCCAGUCCAGCACGCCACCGCAGGCUCAGGAACUCUACACACAGGUGGCCCAGCAGGGGGAGCUGGUGAGAAAACUGAAGACAGAGAAGGCCGCUAAGGAGCAAGUGGAUGAAGCCGUGAAGACUCUGCUAGACCUGAAGGGGAAGUAUAAGUCUCUGACCGGAGAGGACUACAAACCGGUGGCUGCUGCUGGAGCCAGCGGAGGAGAGGACAAGAACCGCAAGGAGAGGGAGAACAAGUCAGAAAAACAGGGAGGAGGAGGAGGGAAAAAGGGAAAAGGAGAUAGGGGAGGUCAAGGAAAGGAGUCAUCAGCAAGCGGAGGGGGUGGAGGAGAGGGCCAAGGCCCCAAGAAGCAGACACGGUUGGGUUUGGAAGCCAAGAAAGAGGAAAACCUUGCAGAUUGGUACUCUCAGGUCAUCACCAAGGCAGAGAUGAUCGAGUAUUACGACGUGAGCGGCUGCUACGUGCUGCGGCCGUGGGCCUACUCCAUCUGGGAGGCAAUUAAAGACUUCUUUGACAGGGAAAUUAAGAAGUUGGGUGUAGAGAACUGCUACUUCCCCAUGUUCGUCUCCCAAGCUGCCUUGGAGAAGGAAAAGUCUCACAUUGCAGAUUUCGCUCCCGAGGUUGCCUGGGUAACCCGUUCAGGAAAAACCGAGCUGGCUGAGCCCAUCGCUGUCAGACCCACCAGUGAGACAGUGAUGUAUCCUGCCUACGCUAAAUGGGUCCAGUCCCACAGGGAUCUGCCGAUCAAACUCAACCAGUGGUGUAACGUUGUGAGGUGGGAGUUCAAACACCCGCAGCCUUUCCUCAGGACACGAGAGUUCCUGUGGCAAGAGGGACACACGGCGUUUGCCACAAAGGAGGAGGCAGCUGAGGAGGUUUUGCAGAUCCUGGAUCUGUAUGCCAGGGUGUAUGAAGAGCUGAUGGCCAUCCCAGUGGUGAAGGGGAGGAAGACCGAGAAGGAGAAGUUUGCCGGAGGAGAUUACACCACCACGGUGGAGGCGUUCAUCUCCGCCAGCCACCGAGCCAUUCAGGGUGCUACAUCCCAUCAUCUGGGUCAGAACUUCUCCAAGAUGUUUGAGAUUGCUUUCGAGGACCCCAAGAAGCCGGGCGAGAAGCAGCUGGCCUUCCAGAACUCCUGGGGCAUCACAACCAGGACCAUCGGAGUUCUCACCAUGGUCCACGGGGACAACAUGGGACUCGUCCUUCCACCCAGGGUGGCCUGCCUGCAGGUUGUCAUCAUUCCAUGUGGGAUCACUGCGUCCCUGUCGGAGCAGGAGAAGGAGGCCCUGUUGGCUCAGUGCUCCAAAUACCUGAGCAGGCUGCUGGACGCCGGCGUCAGGGUGAAGAGCGACACGCGAGACAACUACUCUCCAGGAUGGAAGUUCAACCACUGGGAGCUAAAGGGAGUCCCCAUCCGUCUGGAAGUGGGGCCCAAAGACAUGCAGCAGAAACAGUGUGUCGCAGUGAGGAGAGACACGGGCGCCAAGGUGACGCUCCCAGAGGCUGAGGUGGAGAAAAGACUGCUGGGCAUGUUGGAGGACAUCCAGAACAACCUGUUUAAGAAAGCUUCAGAUGACCUGAAGUCUCACAUGGUGGCUGUAGACACGAUGGAGGCGUUCCAGAGAGAGUUGGACCAGGGCAAGAUUGUUCAGAUUCCUUUCUGUGGAGGAAUUGAGUGUGAGGACUGGAUCAAAAAGACCACUGCCAAGGACCAGGACCUGGAGCCCGGAGCUCCGUCAAUGGGAGCUAAAAGCCUGUGCAUCCCCUUCUCUCCCAUUAAAACCCUUCAGCCAGGCCAGAUGUGCGUCAGCGGCAAGGAGCCUGCACAGUUCUACACUUUGUUCGGACGCAGCUACUAAACACCUGCUCCUUCAAAACGGCCUCCUGCUAGAAAAAGGGCUGCCCCACGUUCUCUAACAUGUCUAACAUAAGUGAGGAGGCUGACUUGUGUUUCAAAUUUAAAAUAUGUAUGUUUAUUUUAUUAUUUUUUUCUACAUGUUGUGAGAUGAUCGAAGGGAAAUUAGGGAUCCAGGAAUUUAGUAUUAGAAUUUGGUUAUAAUCCUUUAAAGGUCACGGCCCAAGCUUUCUAACAGGCAGAAUGGUUGCUCCCUCUGAGGUAUUUUCUAGAAUAAAACUGUAAUCGGUGUCAUAGUUUUGGUCAUAACUUCUCUGUCUAUUUGGUUUGGGGUUUUCGAAAUCUGGAAAAUACAAAAAAUGGCAAGUAGCAAUGAAAUUUUACUCUCUACUUCUAUCAGAGGAAAAGCCUGCCAACUCUCACUCACAGAUGAACUGUCUCAGGAACUUGGUGAGCAUUAAGAUUUGCAGUGGGUGUGUAAUCCUCACAGGUGUGUCAGAUUUGCUGCUUGUCCAGUUCCAUCAUGUCGGCUCAUUGUGAUCUUCUGAAGCCUACAGAAUGUAUAACUAUGGUGAAAUAGCGAUAUGGUGUAAAGUCAAUGAAGUUGCUGCCUACCACUUUUAUCCCACAAAAUAUCUUUGCAGUCUGUACAAUAAACCAAUUUCCACUGCAAACUGGCCUGUGC